ACGCAUAUAAAGAGGAGUUGUUUGAGGUUAUUGGAAUCUUUUUAAUUUGUGCAUUGAAUCAUCUGGCGGUCGGGCCUCCAGAAUAAUGAAACCCAGCGUUUUUGUUCUGCUGCUCCUCCUGGAGACAUGCUCAACUUCCACUUAUGAGAACGUGGCCUUGCGUGGAAAGGCGACCCAGUCGGACCGCUACGAGCACGCCUUCGGAGCUGCCUACAGUGCCAUUGAUGGAAACCGUAAUUCUAAUUUCGGGUCGGGAUCCUGCACCCACACGGAUGAAGAGAACAACCCCUGGUGGAGAGUGGACCUGCUGGAGUCCUACGUCAUCACCUCCAUCGUGGUCAUCAACAGAGGAGACUGCUGCCCCUUCAGGCUCGACGGGGCGAAGAUUCACAUCGGCGACUCUUUAACGGACAACGGCGCCGCAAACCCACUUGUUGGAACAAUUCCUUCAACCGAUUCAGACCGACCGUUCACUCUGACUUUCACUGAACGCGUGGUGGGACGUCACGUGACUGUCCUCCUACCGGGUUCAAGAAAAUACCUCACGCUCUGCGAAGUGGAAGUCUACGGGUACCGCGCCCCGACCGGAGAGAACCUGGCACUCGGAGGAAAAGCCAGCCAGUCGUCGUUGUACGAGUUUGGCGUCGCUUCCAACGCCAUCGACGGGAAUCCCAACGCCGUGUGGCAUGACGGCUCCUGCAGCCACACCAAGAACAACAUCAACCCCUGGUGGCGACUGGACCUGCGCGUAACCCACAAAGUGUUUUCCGUGAAGAUAACCAACCGAGAUGAAGACUCCGAGCGACUCAACGGAGCCGAGAUCCGCAUCGGAGACUCCAUCGCAAACUACGGCAACAACAACACCAGGUGCGCCGUGAUCCACAGCAUCCCGUCGGGUGGAGUCGGUGAGUUCCAGUGCGAUGGGAUGGACGGCCGUUACGUCAACGUGGUCAUCCCGAGAGAAGAGUUUCUGAGCCUGUGUGAGGUGGAGGUGUACGGCUCUCCACGUGUUUCACAAUUUACAUACCAUCUUCCGUUGUAUCUCUGUUCAACUGUCUCCCUCACAGAGAACGUGGCCUUGCGUGGAAGGGCGACCCAGUCGGACCGCUUGCACCACGUCUUCGGAGCUGCCUCCAGUGCCAUCGAUGGAAACCGUAAUUCUAAUUUCGGGUCGGGAUCCUGCACCCACACGGAUAAAGGGAGCAACCCUUGGUGGAGAGUGGACCUGCUGGAGUCCUACAUCGUCACCUCCGUCGUGGUCAUCAACAGAGCCGACUCAAAUGUGCAACGAGAAUAUAAGAAGCAGCCAAUAGAAUGUUCAAAUCAACCAAAUGCCAGUGUAGACGGGUACGCUCGGUCACCAAGAGUUUUAAGUUUCGUUCUCCAGUCCAGAACGAUGAAUCACAAUUCCGUCCUGCCUCUGCUGCUCCUUCUGGGGACGUGUUCGGCGUCCACCUAUCAGAACGUGGCCUUGCGUGGAAGGGCGACCCAGUCGAACCGCUUAGACCACGACUUCGGAGCUGCCUCCAGUGCCAUUGAUGGAAACCGUGAUUCUAAUUUCUUUUCGGGAUCCUGCGCCCACACGGCGGAAGAGAACAACCCCUGGUGGAGAGUGGACCUGCUGGAGUCCUACAUCGUCACCUCCGUCGUGGUCAUCAACAGAGCAGACUGCUGCAGCGAGUGGCUCGACGGGGCGGAGGUUCACAUCGGCGACUCUUUAAAGGACAACGGCGCCGCAAACCCACUUGUUGGAACAAUUCAUGCAACCAUCUCAGACCGACCGUUCACUCUGACUUUCACUGAACGCGUGGUGGGACGUCACGUGACUGUCCUUCUACCGGGGUCAGGAAAAGUCCUCACGCUCUGCGAAGUGGAAGUCUACGGGUACCGCGCCCCGACCGGAGAGAACCUGGCACUCGGAGGAAAAGCCAGCCAGUCGUCGUUGUACCUGUUUGGCGCCGCUUCCAACGCCAUCGACGGGAAUCCCAACCCCAGGUGGCAUGAGGCCUCCUGCAGCCACACCAAGAACGACAUCAGCCCCUGGUGGCGACUGGACCUGCGCGUAACCCACAAAGUGUUUUCCGUGAAGAUAACCAACCGAGAUGGUGUCUCCCGUCGACUCAACAGAGCCGAGAUCCGCAUCGGAGACUCCAUGGAAAACUACGGCAACAACAACCCCAGGUGCGCCGUGAUCUACAGCAUCCCGCCGGGUGGAGUCAAAGAGUUCCAGUGCAAUGGGAUGGACGGUCGUUACGUCAACGUGGUCAUCCCGAGAAGAGAGUUUUUGAGUCUGUGUGAGGUGGAGGUGUACGGCUCUCGCCUGGAUUAGGGAGGAAGCCACUAAAUGGCACUUCUUGUUGCAUAUGUUUUCAUUUGUACGGCAGUCAUCUUUUUAGUACCAAACUUUUUGCUGCAGGAUGAAACUGUCCGUCAAUACUGAAAUGCAAUAAAUCAUUAACGCAG